CUCAACUUCAAUCAAAAAGAGCACACACACAAAAAAAAAAAAGGUUAAACUGUUCUUUCAAUGGCUGAUUCUUUGUUUUUUCCAUUGGCUGCCAAGGCUCCCGGUGAUCAUUCUUCUUUUGUUUUCCGCAAUUGUCCUUUUCCUUCUCGUUUAUUGCCAUCCAAACCCUUCCCUUUGCAUUUGAAUGGGAGUAAGAAUAAGUUGAAUGUGUUGGCUCUGAGUCAGUACUCGCUCGUUUCGCUCCGCUACCGAGUCGGCCCGACUCCUGCUCUUGACUCCGACUUUCCUCACCCUCUUCACAAGGGAUCAGUGAAUUUUAAGAGUGCAAAGAUCUAUGAGCAAUGGGAUUCAUUGACAGCAAAGUUUUCUGGGGCGGCAAAUAUACCAUUUUUAUUGCUUCAAUUGCCUCAGAUCAUCCUCAAUGCACGAAAUCUUCUGGCAGGGAAUAAGACUGCCCUUUUCGCAGUACCAUGGCUGGGAAUGUUCACUGGUUUGCUUGGAAAUCUUUCACUGCUUUCUUACUUUGCCAAGAAAAGGGAAAAGGAGGCAAUUGCAGUGCAAACACUUGGAGUGGUAUCGAUAUAUGUGGUGAUCACUCAGCUUGCAAUGGCGGAAGCUAUGCCUCUCCCACACUUUGUUGGCACUUCUGUUGUUGUGGGAGCUGGUCUCAUUUUAAAUUUUUUGAAUUACUAUGGUAAACUCAACACAACAAUCUGGCAAUUUUGGGAAGAUUUUAUUACUGUUGGUGGACUGUCAGUACUUCCCCAGAUAAUGUGGUCCACAUUUGUCCCAUACAUACCCAACAGUAUCUUGCCAGGGGCAAUAGCUUUUGUUCUAGCUGUAACAGCUGUAAUUAUGGCACGUAUGGGCAAACUUUCAGAGAAAGGUGUCAAAUUCGUGGGAGCUAUUUCUGGCUGGACGGCAACACUUCUCUUUAUGUGGAUGCCAGUUUCACAAAUGUGGACAAAUUUCCUGAAUCCUGAUAACAUUAAAGGCCUAUCAGCUUUUUCAAUGUUGCUUGCUAUGAUUGGAAAUGGACUUAUGAUUCCACGUGCACUAUUUAUUCGCGAUUUUAUGUGGUUCACUGGUGCUACUUGGGCAUCUCUCUUUUAUGGAUACGGGAAUAUUGUAUGCUUAUACUUUUUCAACACUAUCAGUCGGGAAUUCUUCUUGGCAGCAACGGUCGGUUUAUUUUCAUGGAUAGGAAUGGCUCUAUGGAGAGAUACUGUUGUAUAUGGAUACAACUCGCCAUUAAGAUCUUUGAAAGAGUUGGUUUUUGGAUCAUAAGUUGAAGCCAAUUGUGACAAUGCCAUGAGUUUGAAGACACAUAAGCGACUUGGUCGCAUGAUCUUGAGCAUGUCUAUACUGAGAUUCCAAGUAAGUAGUGAAAGUUGCAGUGAUCUGCCAAGUGCCAACUAGAGGGUUACCCUAAGGAUAGUGUUGUAUGUUCCUAAUUACCAUUGAUUUCAUUUACAAAGAUAGCUUGAAUGAUCGUUUGUAAUUAGUACUGUAAUAUAAUAAAUAUGGAUAAUACGGCAGGCGGUUCAUGUUAUUGGGAACUGCAGUCCAGUUUAUGCAGACCUGAACAGGAAAAAUUGUUAGCUUGAGGUGUAUACUGCAGAAGGAUAGCUGAUAAUAAACAGUAUGAUUCUGGUUAC